GCCCUCUCGUCCGCUGCUCGGUUUGUUUUCCGCGUGAUGCUGGUCCUCUCUUCAAAAGCAGAGGAAGGUCGGUGGCUCAUGUGUCAACAACCAGGGCGAAACGCUAACGUUAUAUCAUAAAAUCUGAUGUUCCGUUGAAGACGCUUUUAUUUUUAACCUGUUCAUCGUGGAAAGCGGCAGUGUUUCUGACUGCAAACAGAAGAAGACGAUCUUCGGCUCCGACUGCUUUGACAUUAGCUAACGUUACUUGAAACGAUGACACAGUACAUGCGAACAGCGUCUCCAAUCAUUUAAUAUCUGGAGACCUGUUAGCCUAGCCACCUAGCCUGAUUAUUCGAGUAGAGCAAGGAAACGCAGAGAAACACACUGCUGACAUGAUGUUUCCUCAGUCAAGGCACUCGGCGUCGUCUCAAUCCAGUCAGUCUCUGAAGUUCACCACUUCUGACUCCUGUGACCGCAUCAAAGAUGAGUUCCAGUUCCUUCAAGCACAAUACCACAGUUUGAAGUUGGAGUGUGAUAAACUGGCCUCUGAGAAGUCAGAGAUGCAGCGGCACUAUAUCAUGUACUACGAAAUGUCCUAUGGGCUGAACAUUGAAAUGCACAAACAGGCAGAAAUAGUGAAGAGACUGAAUGGGAUUUGUGCUCAGGUGCUGCCUUACCUGUCUCAGGAGCAUCAGCAGCAAGUCAUGGGCGCCAUAGAGAGAGCCAAGCAGGUCACACCUCCUGAGAUGAACUCUAUUAUACGGCAGCUCCAGGUGCAGCACCUGUCCCAGCUCCAGGGCCUGGCCCUGCCCGUGACCCCGCUUCCCCUGGGCCUCACCCCUCCCACCCUGCCCGCCGUCUCCUCCAGCUCCGGCCUGCUGUCCCUGUCUUCCAUCCUGGCCAACUAUUCCCACGGCCAAGCCCAGGUGGUAAAGGAGGACAAGGCCCGGGACACCGCAGAGAGAGCACCCAGAGGAGAGGAUGGGGACAAGUCAGACUAGUGCAGAGACAGCGAGGAGGUUUGGAGGGGGGUGUUGUGGGGUGAAGUGAUAAAAAAA